AUGCGCAUUUUGCCCUGGGCGCGCCCAGACGCAUACAUUGCAGGAGAGCAACUCAAGGAGGUGCGCCUGCUUCGUCGAGCCAUUCUCUCCUCACACGUGACACAGGGUGAGAUUGGUGACAGCUACCUGGUGUCUGCCAUGACCUCACUUGCAGCGUCCAUGUACAGGGUUUACGACGUCUUUCUCUACCCUGUCCGUGCAGCGCGCGGAAAGGCGGAGCGUGCCCUUGGCGCGUAUUGGGUGACGCUGAACUACAACGAUUGGUGGUGGUGCCCUGUGCUCAUUGACGACCACUUGCCAGGGUGUCGCGAGGAGCCAGAGUUUGCGCGCUGUGCGAUUGACUUUCGUUGCAUCUGGUAG